AGGGAGGAGCUCACAGUGAGCAGCAGCAGUGCCUGUCUGCACACUCCUCCUCGAACUCCACAUCCAUGAGCCAGUGUUUGUCACACGCAUGGCCUAACCUGGAUUUUUGUCACACCAUGGGCUGGCCCUGUUUGUGAGGCUGCUGCAGUAAACUUUCCAUUGGUCAGUCUUCCAAUCAGCAAAUUUCUACCUCCCUGUUUGCUUAGCUUCUCCUUCUGCUUCCAUCGAGUUUACAAAGGAAAAAGUACAGGAGGAGAGAUGAAAACCCUUGCUACAGAGCAAGCAAGGCCAGGCAUCAAGUGUGAUUAACUCUUUGCCUAAAGACCAAACCAACUCUCCAUGACUGCAAUGAGCCCAACAAUCACCCAGAAGUAGCUCAUGGAAAUUAUUUCCCUGAUCCCUGCCUUUUUUCUGUUCACUUCUCCAUUGUUUAACCUCUUCAAGCCCAUGAUCUGGACUUUACUCCAGCCAAUCCAUGGGACAGAAAAGUGUUUCUGACUAUUAGGAGUUCAGGAUUUAUUGGGUAUUUUUGGUCAUUUUUGUUGUUGUUGUUGUUGAGCUUUGUACUUUUACUUGUGUGCAAGAAAACUAGAUGCAAAAGAUCAUUAGAGAAUCAAACCACAGACUACAGCCUCUGAAUGUAUGCAAGGAAUAACUUCAAGCUAGUGACACUGGGGUUGACAAGAAAUCCCUUCAGACUCCUCCGCCCCGCCACGGAAGGGGAGGGUAUUUCUAUUCUGAAGACUUAAAAGGGAUCCUUGGCCAUGUAGGAAGGAGAUCUUGUGACACAUCAUCUCAAGGAAAGAAGACUGAAGGUUUGUAACCAAGAUAAAUAUGAAGGAGCUGCAUAAACCCACAGCAUCUGCCCUGGUGUUGUUCCUGGCAGCAUCCUUUGUUUCCUUCUCCUGGAGUGCCCCUCAGGCUCAUUUCCAAAGGAGAAACUGGACUCCUCAGGCCAUGCUCUAUUUGAAGGGUGCACAGGGACGUCGCUUCAUCGCAGAUGAGAGCCAGAGGAAGGACCUGUAUGACAGAAUGCAGCUUGAAACACGCAGCCAUAACACAAAUCCUUUAUCCCUUUCUGAAGCUGCUGCACUGUUUCUUACUUCCUUACAGAAAGCACAAGAAGAGAGCCCUGUACUGAAGUGCACAUUUACACAGCUUACAACAUGAGCCACAGAAUGAUAGCAGUGGAAGAAGAAAACAGUGAACACCCUGACUACUUGACAGACAGUCUGUUAAAUUGGUGAAAUUAUGUAAAAUGUCUUUAACAUUUGUACAGCUUUGAACCUGAAAGCAUAACUUGUGUAAGUAAAGUGUUU